ACAAUGCCCUCGUAACGCUGUUUCCCCUUCCCUUCGCCCUUCUACUCGCCGAGGAGCAUAAUCACAAGUUUGCCGGCGACGGAGAUCAUCGGACAUGAGGUUGUUUUCUGCGUUGGGACUCUUCCAAGCAGGAGGAACGGAGGCGAAGAGUGAGGUAGAUAUUCAUGAAGCAGCACAAGGGAUCGUGAUCAUGGUGCUGGAUAAGCCAUCCUCUUCCUCGAGAUCCAAUGCUACCACACUUUAGUUCAUGCCAAUGGAUGGUUCUAAAUGAGCAUAUCUGCUUUACAGCAUAAGGCACUGAGAGGUACACAUGCAGAAUCUAGAGUUCAAACCAAAGCACAUUCUGUCUAUUACUAGGUCCAAAUGUCUCUAAACAAUUAAUAGCUCAUUCAUCUAACUUUUAUAAAGUUUCUUCAUGAGCCCACAACUCAUUAGGUGGAACUAAAUUAGGUUGAAACUUUCUCAACUGAAGAAGCAAGAAGAACACAAGUUCUGGAGGAACCACCAGAGUCUGCUCAAUUUUACUAGUAGACACAUAAAUGUCUAUAUUGCUAGCUACAAGUGUUGAAUGCUGGUUUGUGAAGAUUUAGCACGAUAUCAUUGUACCGUCAACAUUCUUCUUGUUUAGGCCUGCCUAUUUGUGAUUUGGACUGCUACAAAUGAUGCUACUUUUUGGUCAAAAGCUUCAUCAGUUUUAAACUUGUUGCAGCAUUGGGAGUACCUGCUGAUGGAACUUUCGUCCCAUCAAGUGAAAACAACAUCAUUACUCUGCCAUUUUGAAAAACUCUUUUGAAUUUCUUUCUUUCUCUUUUGUAAUUUCUGUUAAAAGGCUUCUCUAGCUCAGGUGCUGCUAAGAAGGCAAAAAUAUAGAGAUGUUUUCGGAAGUGAUCCACUGACGGAUAAUAAGCUGUGGAUUAGGAGUCCGAGACUGCUAAAUCACGUUAAACCAGUAUACUCUACUUUUCGUUUUGUUUUGUUUAUUGUGUUUUUUUUUAAUUUCUGCCGAAUUAUUUUUCUAUAGAACACUAACAUUGCAGUUCAAUACGUCAACUCUCUCGUCAGCUGUGCAUCAACUCUUUUACAAGUUCUCUUCAUGGUCAUGAUCAUUAUUGGCUGCUGGAGUGCUUGUUUUUGUUCUUUAUCAUUUCUGUUCCAUCUGCUUGGUUUAGAUUAGUUUGGAAGUGUUGCGUUUCACUUUAGUUUUUCUUAAGGUCUCCUGCUUAGUAGCUGUUGUAGGCGCUAUUGUAACUACUGUAGUAUUUUUGGCUUGUCUGGGGUGUUCUACUACCUGGGUUAGCCAAGCAAUCUGCGUUGCCUCUUUCUAUUAGUACAGACCCAAGUUAACUGUGGUUCACUUUAAUUUGUUUAGUUUGAAAACAAUACAAUAAUAAUAAUGGCAGCCGAAGGAGGUGUGCGUGAAUCAGACUUCUUUUUCUACCAACUGAAUCAUCAGGAAAAGUCUUGUCGGAAUUCUUGAAGACAAAUUAGUCCUGCGGGCAGGCAUGUGUGAAAACCAUGAAUUAUUCCAGUUUAUUAUUGUUUCUAAGUUCAGUCAUGAAAUUCAUACAUGUGAAUUGAAUCCACCUUGCGUGUUCAUAAUUCCCUCUUAUCAUCAUUCACGAAUGACAUUUUUUUUUCUCUUGAAAUGACAGGUAAUGACCUCAGUGCUGGAAAUGAACUCAUCAACCUUUGUCUUCAGCUUCCAGCUCCUUGAGGCUUGCAUGCAUCUCCAUCAACCUCUUGCUUCAGACCAGCGCACGCUUAGAUUGCUAAUUGUAACAUAAGUUUCCAAUGUGACACGGUACAUGAAGACAAACCUUCAUCAUCCUCCAUCCCCAUGAAGCUAAGUUACACGAGUUUGAGACAUAAGCACUAGUUCUGAUAUAAUCUCAUAAGCCAACACACACGAGAGAAGAUAUCCUUUUAAAAUAUUGCCACAAGAACAGAUGAGGUACGAAGGUACCGUGCCUGCAUAGAGAAAGGUUCAUUGAACGAGUAUUUAUUUUAUUUUAAUCUCUUUGCUGGCAAAUAUGGGAUAUGGGGUCUGCUAUUGUUCCUCUUCAAGUUGGUAGAAGGUGACGGUAUUCGUCCCAGCGCCCCCGUCAAUUUAUUUUAGGAUCAAUAUAUAGGACAUAAAUUAUAGAUGACUAUUAGUUCUUGGAACAAUGACUGACAUAUGAGGAAGAUAUUUAUCUCAGCUAUGUCAAGAUUCAAACUCCAAAUUUUAAAUUAACAAUAGUUCAUGCGCUAGUCACUGGACCGUCCCGUCAUUGUUGGUCUUCCGUUAACAGUAUCUGAGUUCUUUCUAAAUCGAAAGGACAGGAUCAGUUCAUCUUUAGUGAGGUCUCUUCUUGAGAGGGCCAGUUAUGACAAACAUAGUUUGAGGAUGAUGUAUAAUAUAUAUACAACCUUCUUGAGCAUCCAAAACCAAUUGAAUUACUUAUUCCUUCCAAUAAAAUCAUCCAGACCCCAGCCAAUACCUCAGCAUUCCAUUCUUUUCUAGGUUCCUUGAAUUCUGUCUCAGGUGAUGCACUAAGCUUCCAAAAAUGAGGUUCAUGAAGCUUGGAGCCAGACCUGAUACUUUUUUCACCGCAGAAGCUAUCAGGUCUGUUUCUUCAGAGGUCUCCACUGACCUCCAAAUCCAGGUGCAGAAAAACUUGUAUCACCUGCACCAGUUCCCCCUGCUGUCAAAAUGCCUUCGCCUGCAAAAGCUCUACUCCGAGCUCAAGGACGCGGCCGAUCCGGUCGUCAUACACCUCCCGGACUUCCCCAGUGGCGCCGAGGCCUUCGAGCUCUGCGCCAAGUUCUGCUACGGCAUCACCAUCACCCUCAGCCCCCUUAACCUUGUGCCUGUCUGGUGCGCUGCGCACUACCUCUGCAUGAGCGACGCAGCCGACCGCAGCAACCUACUUGGCAAACUCGACGUCUUCUUCAACUCCAUCCUCCGGCGGUGGAAGGACACGUUGGUCACGCUGCAGAGCACGCGGAGGCACGCAUCCUUGUGCGAGGAGGUCGGCAUCACCAGUCGCUGCGUCGACUCCAUCGCCUCCACCAUCAUUGCCAAUUCUACUCUCCCCAGCACGUCGAGGAACCUGUGGGCAGACGACCUCAGCGAACUCGGCGUCGACCACUACUGGCGGAUCAUGGUUGCCGUGAAAUCUGCCAGUAUUGUCUCCGGCAAGCUUGUCGGCGAGGCAUUGCAGGUCUAUGCCGGCAGGUGGCUGCCAAUGAUGGCACCGAGCGACGACCAUGAGACCACCAUAAGGCCUACGCUGCUGAUGGAGAAGAUAGUGAGCUUGCUGCCUUCCGACAAAGGCUCUAUUUCGUGCGGUUUCCUUCUCCAGCUUCUCAAAGCCGCCAACUUUCUCCAUGCUUCUGCUUCAUUGAAGACGGAAUUGGCCAGACGAAUUGGAUUACAAUUGGAGGAAGCAUCAGUUGACGAUCUCUUGAUUCCACCUGCAUCAGAUUCCGGCAACACAUUAUAUGACGUGGAUCUGGUGAUGAUCAUGUUGGAGGAGUUUCUGCUUCAGUGGCAGAGCCCUGCAACUAGUCCACUGAGGGAGAAGCUUUGGUGCGAGAGGAGGAGGUCUCGGUCAACUGAGAACGUGGAGUUCGAGCUGCAGGAGAACAGCCGGCGGUCAUCCUCGGCUUCCCAUAGCUCCAAGCUGCGAGUGGCCAAGCUCAUUGAUGGCUAUCUCCAAGAAAUUGCCAGGGACAAGAACUUAACCAUGGAGAAGCUAAUUGCUGCUGCUGAAGCUGUCCCAGAAUUUGCCAGGAUCAACCAUGAUGAUCUUUACGGAGUCAUCGACAUCUAUCUCAGGUCACACCCAGAGCUUGACAAGACUUCAAGGAAGCAAUUGUGUAGAAUAUUGGAUUGCAAGAAGCUGUCAGUGGAGGCCUGCAUGCAUGCAGCACAGAAUGAGCUACUUCCUCUCAGGGUAGUUGUGCAGGUACUGUUCUUCGAGCAAUCGAGAGCUGCCAUGUCAGGCUGCCAGGUGACUGAGUUACCCAGCAACAUCCAGGCACUGCUGGCCAAGACCGGCACAAGAGAUGAAGACAGGGAGUUACUGAAGCUUCACCACAUUGGCACUGCUACUCCCCGCAUUGGCACUGCUAUUCCCUUGGAAGAUGGUUGGAAUGUCUCAAGAUUGAAAUGCCCUGCCGCCAAGCUCCAAACCCUCAAGAUGAAGCUUUCUGAGGACGAUAAUGACAUCGACGACGACCUAAUUCCCCGCGAAGCUCUAUUGAGAACCACUUCUUUGCGGCUCAAGGCCUUUUGCUCACUUCCUAAGAAGCCCAAGAAGAUCAUCAGCAAAUUGUUGGCUAUGAACAGAAGUUCAAAUGAGAAGCAUCGAUUAAUCUCGUAAGAAGUUUUCUUUGCAAAGGCAGAGGUGCUUCCAGUCUGUUUAUCACAAUCCAAAUGAUAAUAUGUAGAUUAAUUAAUUGUGAAAUAGUUGAAUAAAAGAUAAGAUUAGCCACCAUUAAAUGGAAUUCGCUUUUACUGAAAUCAUUCCCAUCAUAA